AUGACACCCUCACAACUCCUCAUUCCGACUUUACAGAAUAUCGACAUUCCCCUCAAUUUCGUUCUUCUUCAACAUAAUCUGCAGAUAUCAGAAUAUCAAAUAUAUGCCGUAGAGAAAUGGAUCGUUGAACGGAACAGACCAGUCACCGUCCUCACCGUAUAUACAGGUGACCCGGACCACAACAUCACCGUCACCGCUCUUGCUCCUUCUCCGUCCUUGAACUCUGCUGACGCCCAACGUGAAUGGGAAAAGGCCAUUCACCAGCUCCGUCGUGAUGGCGCACGACCUAAACAGACUCCACAUGGUCUACUCAUGGUCACAUCCCUCGCUCACUUUCGCUCAGACUACACCAUCGUUCACAUCCCUAGAGGAAACCUUCUGGCCGUAAAGGACCAGCUCUAUGUCAAUAUCAAUCUGCUUCGCAUGGGAUGCAGCGGGAGGAGCGCUUUGACUCUUGAAGAACCAAGCGAUUCCACCAAGGACCGCUUCAUCUCUGCAUAUCAAUUGCCAGAUACGACCAUUACAAGAUCCAGCUUUCUUCCUGCCCCCACAUCAUCGGAAUACCUUCCUUUACCCCCUCCUCUGUCCCACCAGUCAAGUUCGGCAAGCCAACCUCCCUCUUCGCCUCCAAGGCACUUUCACUCCAUUCGCCCUUCACUCCAAGAGUCUUCGUCUACUUUUUCGAAACCGUCCACCGGAAUUGGUCUCGUCCGACCUAGCAUUCACGUCAUUUCGCCAACAUCACCUAACUUAACACCGAACAGGCACAAAGACAGAGAAAAAAUCAGCAAAGGCAAGACAAAAGAUCGCGCAGCUUUCAACGCUACGGUCUUGGAACUCGUAAAGCUCAUUCAAGCAGGACUCGCCAUCUUCGGGAUGUAUGACGUCGCUGACCCUUCGACUUCCGCCCUCAUUAUCGACGGCUUGCUGUGUGAUGUUACCGUGGACGGUAUCCGUAAGUGGACCGCAGAAGUUGGCGAACCUUGCAUUGGAGUUGAGCCAACGGAACGUAUUGCCGACCCUCUGUUCGUAUCUGCCCUGCUCAGCCUUGUACUAUCCAUUCGAAACAAGCUCGCCUUUCUUGGCUUCAGUCAGAUUCUACCUAAAGAUCCCUUUUUGUUUCCAGUCUGCUUUUCCGUUGCCGUUCUGGCGUAUGUCCAAUCUAUCGCUACACCUGCCGCUGUUACGAGCAACACAUCCAACGCUUCACAACACGGGUAUAGUCACUCCAUCUCCUCAACUGCCUCAUUUCUAGGGCCCCACAACGUUGUCACGCAAGCAGCCCCGCUCUCCAUUGUCGCAGCCCUUUCACGCGACCUCGUCGAGAGCAUAUCGACCACUUACUUGGCUAAAACGCGUGUCGGAGAAGGGCGCAGGGUUCGCCGAGUAUUAAAGGGCAAGCUUGACGACUUGACAAACGCUGUUUCUGGGAGUUCCAAUGUCGCUGGUUUCGAUAGCGAAGGGGACGACUGGCGAGGGACGCUCAGUGGGGGUGAGGGCAUUCCGGAUCGUAUGACGGCGCAAGGCGUCGUAAGCUCUCAGAGUGGUAUUGGCGCAAGCGGAGGCCAAAUACUAAGUGGGAUCGGGAGUCUGGCGAGUGGAUUGGGGCUGGGAGGGAGCGGUGGACCACCUAGCGGUGCUGGCAGCAUUAUGGAAGGUACAAUGGACCUUGCUUGGUUUGUGGGCGCGGCCACCGCUAAAGAAUCUUUCGGGCACAUGAAGAAGGGGAGGCGAAAGAGUAAGGAAAGGAAACGAGAGAGCGUGGAUUUGGGUGUCGGCUAUGGUGUUAGAGGGAGGGAGAAGGACACAGUUGUUGCUGGGAGUGUCAAAAGCUUAUGGAGUGGACAUGUGGCGGAUUUAGUUCAAAUUAGAGAGUGGGAGGCCGACAGGGAACGGGACGGUGGGCUUUUGAGGGCGGUCAGUGGCGGUAGUGAGAGAGAUAAAGACAGAUGGAAGAGAUCAAUCAUGGGCAUGGCCAGCGACGGCGAUGCCGAUGACCACGACAGAGACCGCGCCAAGUCAGAUGGAAGGUCAACUGAGGAAGAAAGCGACGCGUUUCUCGGUGGAGGAGGUAGCUUUGGUGGUAUGUGGGGAGGCCGAGUUCGGGGAAAACUUGGUUCCUGGACUGGAUUGAGUCGGAAGAGGGGCCAAAACUUGGACAUGUCUUCGAUUCCUCUUUCUGUCUCUCCUUCCAAAGUCAAGGAAACCGCGAUGUUAACGCCAAAGCUAGUGAUUGGAAGCACGUCUGCGAGCACUCACCAAUCCUCGGAAUCUGGUCCCCAGUCACCAACUUUGCCUCCAAUGGUGUUCGCAGGGGACUUGGAGCGAUAUCUAGACGAAGAAGAACUACUUAGCAGCGGACAAGUCUCGCCUCUUGGCGACUACCGACCCAACCCUUUCAAUAUGCUGCAUGACGGUCCCUCUGUUGACAGUUCUACCACCAAUUUGAACUCUUUAAAUUCGCAAGACGCUCGAGGUGAGGUCUUGGAUGAGGAGGAUGAGGGUGGCGUAGAAGAUUACGAGGAUGCUGAAGGCAGCGACCUUAGCGACUUUAGAAAGCCGGGCUCAAGAUGGAAAGCGAGAGAAAAGGCAAGGUUCCAUAGCUUGCUCAGUGUUGUGGAUGGAGAGGGUGUCCUUGUAGAGGAGCCACUGCAUGAGUCGUCUGAAUCCGAAGAAGAUGAGUUGCGCAAGAAAUGGUCUUUCCAUGAUUCUCGACGGCGACGCAGUUUCCACGAUUUGGAGUCGUUGCUUGCCAUGCCCGUUCUUACUGCUGAACGCAUGAAGAUUGACGUGGAAAUUGCCGGACAGGUGCUCAUUAUGGCUCGACGAGAGCAGCACCUGAGGAACGUCGUCGCUUGUUUAGAGGCCCUUACGAGCUCACUACUCGAAACGAAUACCCGCCUGCGCGAGGGUUAUGAAGCCAACCUUGAGAAUCACGCUGAUGUGGAGGUGCGAACCACGGUACUGGCGGACAUUGACGCAGAGAACGCGAAGGCAGAUAAAAUCUCUCAAGCUACCAACACUCUGCGGUACGAAUCGGAGCAAUUCCGCGUGUCGGAUCUGUGGCAGGCCGCCAGCCCAUCUCGAAAGAAAGUGCUUGGCCUUCGGGAAAAGGUUUUUGGCACUGGAGGACGGCGGCUUCCUGCUGGCGUCCAUGGCGCACAUGGUAGGUUUAACAGGCUGCAGUGGACUAUUCGUGGGGAGGAAAGGCUGGUGGACUAUCUCGGCAGAACGGAGAGCGAAGCCGAGGAAGAAAGCAAGGUGGACCCACAGUCCUUGCUAAUCAUUCCUCCUGAAAUAGAGGAGGAUGAGGUGGUUGAACAUCCGGGUAUCAAACCGAUGUGGUUGCUCAGAUUCUUCACGAGCUGGGGUGCAAGAUGGAGCGCCGCUCCUCUUGUCAAGGAGGUUGAGGUAAAGUCAACAAACGUCGAGGACUCUCUCGUCACUGGCAAUGCAGAUGUUGGAACCGCGCAGGAAAAGAGCCCUGUGGAUUCAGCUGCAGUUGAGGUAGAUAGUUCUUCACCAUAG